GAGCGGAAGGAAGGAGGGAGCGAGGAGGAGGAAGCCGCGGACAGUUUUUCCUCCCCUUCGGCGCCCACCCCUGACCCUUCCGGCCCAAGAAUGGGGCGUCUGAGCAGCGGUGUGGACUUGCGCUUCGUCGGGCUCCUGUAGAGGCAAAGAAGGCAAAGGGCGCCAUUUGGCUCUAGGAAGGCCGGCGCCCGCCUUUCAUUAAUCCACACUGCAGGGUGACAGGCAGCCCUGUGACAGCCCUUUGAGCGGCCAUUGCUCCGUGCUAGGGAAUGCUGGGAUUUGGAGUUCCUCUGAUAAAAAAAGGAUAAACAGAACUGCACGUUUCAGAAUUCCAUAGCAUUGAGCCACGGCUGGUACAGGUCAAGCAUUUUGCAAGAUGAGUAACAGCCAUCCACUCCGCCCUUACACGGCAGUAGGUGAAAUUGACCACGUUCACAUUCUCUCUGAUCAUGUUGGUGUCCUGAUGAAUGGGGAAGAGUACAGCGAUGUUACCUUCAUUGUGGAAAAGAAACGUUUUCCUGCACAUAGAGUGAUCCUGGCAGCACGGUGCCAAUAUUUCAGAGCACUUUUAUAUGGUGGAAUGCGUGAAUCUCAGCCUGAAGCAGAAAUCCCUCUCCAAGACACUACUGCAGAAGCUUUUACAAUGUUGUUAAAAUAUAUUUACACAGGCCGUGCCACAUUAAGAGAUGAGAAGGAGGAAGUUCUUUUAGAUUUCUUGAGUUUGGCACAUAAAUAUGGUUUCCCAGAACUGGAGGAUUCAACCUCUGAGUAUCUUUGCACCAUCCUUAACAUCCAGAAUGUUUGCAUGACCUACGAUGUUGCUAGCCUCUACUUGCUUCCGAAACUGACAUGCAUGUGCUGCAUGUUUAUGGACAGAAAUGCUCAAGAGGUGCUGUCCAGUGAAGGUUUUUUAUCGCUUUCUAAGCCAGCCCUUCUUAGUAUUGUACUGAGAGAUUCAUUUGCAGCCCCUGAGAAGGAUAUUUUCCAAGCCUUGAUGAACUGGUGUAAACACAACCCCAAAGAAAAUCAUGCAGAAAUUAUGCAGGCUGUGCGCCUGCCCCUGAUGAGUUUGACAGAGCUUUUAAAUGUUGUACGGCCUUCUGGAUUACUAUCACCUGAUGCCAUUUUGGAUGCUAUUAAAGUUCGAUCGGAAAGUCGAGACAUGGAUCUCAACUAUAGGGGCAUGUUAAUACCAGGCGAGAAUAUUGCCACUAUGAAAUAUGGAGCCCAGGUGGUUAAAGGGGAACUGAAAUCUGCUUUGUUAGAUGGAGAUACACAGAACUAUGACUUGGAUCACGGAUUUUCCCGACAUCCCAUUGAUGAUGACUGUCGUUCUGGUAUUGAAAUUAAAUUGGGUCAGCCAUCUAUAAUCAACCAUAUACGAAUAUUGCUAUGGGAUCGUGAUAGCAGGUCUUAUUCCUAUUACAUUGAAGUCUCCAUGGAUGAGCUAGACUGGAUUCGUGUGAUCGAUCACUCCAAAUAUCUCUGUCGUUCCUGGCAGAAAUUGUAUUUUCCUGCCCGUGUCUGUAGGUAUAUAAGAAUAGUUGGAACACACAACACAGUAAACAAAGUUUUCCAUAUUGUGGCUUUUGAAUGCAUGUUCACCAACAAAACGUUUACUCUUGAGAAAGGCUUGAUAGUCCCCACUGAGAAUGUUGCUACAGUUGCAGAUUGCGCCAGUGUGAUUGAGGGUGUAAGUCGGAGUCGCAAUGCCUUGUUGAACGGAGACACAAAGAAUUAUGACUGGGAUUCUGGGUAUACCUGCCAUCAGCUGGGCAGCGGUGCUAUCGUAGUGCAGCUGGCACAGCCAUAUAUGAUUGGAUCAAUUCGGUUACUUCUCUGGGAUUGUGAUGACAGAAGCUACAGCUAUUAUAUUGAAGUUUCUACAAAUCAGCAACAGUGGACCAUGGUAGCUGACAGAAAAGUUUCCUGCAAAUCAUGGCAAGUAGUAACUUUUGACAGACAAGCAGCGUCUUUUAUCAGAAUCGUUGGAACUCACAACACAGCUAAUGAGGUGUUCCAUUGUGUCCAUUUUGAGUGUCCAGCCCAAACUGCUGCCCACAAAGAAGACUCUAGUGAAGAAGAGGUGGGCACAAGCGGACAGCAACUACCAUCCCAUCCUCUUCGAGCAUCAAGCGCCAGCUCUGGGCACUCUCUUCCAGGAUCCAUUUCACACCCAUAACCUCUCAAACCAUACAAGAUAAUGGACAAGAACUUUUGCAACCCUUGUGCCAUGAUAAAAUUGUUCACCGUCUUCAUAUGUAGGCAACUCUUCCUUCUCAGUAUGGAUAAUGGGGACCAUACCUGGCAACAUGAAAUGUUCGUAUGGAAAAGGCUGUCCCAAGACAUAACAAGGCUGCUUCUUAUUUUCCAUUUUGGUAAAGCCAGGAAAGAAAGUUGGUUUUUGACUUUUGCCAAGUCUUCUGUUUACACCCCUACCUCUUUAACUGAACCAAAUCAGGUAAAGUUGAAGGAAAACGAAAAGCUAAGCCAAAUUGUAAUAUGAAUAUGCCGCAUGAACAGUGCAGAAGAGUGAUAAUGACACGUGCCUGCAAAAUAUACCUGCUAGGAAAGGGUCUCCUCUGAGAAUGUUUAUGGAAAAUAAGUCUAUCAAAAUCAAAUGUUAAUUUAUUCUUAGUCCAUCUUUAUUUGUAAAUUGCAAGCCAUUUCAAAACCUAUGUAUAUAUUUGUAUUUAUAUUUCCUUUGGCUGCUUUUUUCCUCCAUUUUUUUUUUGGUUGAAACACUUCUCACUUUAUUGUGUUAUAUCAGAUGAAUCCGCUUGACUGAGCUGCUUUAUAGAAGCAGACAUGUGAUAAGCUUACUGUCUUACUUUGUUUGACGAGGAAAACUCCUUCAGAGGGCAAGGCAUAAAACAAUGCAGUUUAAGAAGGUUGUACUGAAAUUCUGAGUAUUUAACAUGAUUAACAAGAUCAUCACUUUUUACUCCUAUAAAACUAGUUGUCAGAUUCUUAGGUAGAGAAAAAACAUUGAUCUUAUUAGAAAUUAUUAAAAUGUACAUUUGUUUCUAUAACAAUUAUCAAUAUAGAUGUCUAAACCUUUUUAUUGGAAAGCUGAUUGGAUGACCAACAUUUCAGCUGUGUUUGGUAUGGAUGGGAGUACAGUGCUGGCAAUGUAUAAUAAAGUAUUUGUUUAAAAAUAGAUUAUAGUAUUCCAUUAGGGAUUUAAAAUAAACACUUCUAAGAAGCUUUUCACAUAAUCUCCAUAAAUACAGAUUUGAGUUUUAUUGUUAGAUUUGGUUUGUGUUUUAAGGAAUUUACAUCCUAGCAGUAGCUAUCCUUGGUAACUCAAUCAGAUUAUGGAUUUGACUACUAUUCUGAAUGUGUGCACAGGCAGCAUUCCCCACAUCAACUUGUUUUGCCUACUUCUGCGUUUGCCAGAAUAAAGUAGUCUGCAUAUUUAUACAUAGAUACUGAUGCCAUUCUUCCAUCUAAUUAGGAAAAAGAAAUAUGUAUCAUGGAAUAUGUGAUUUUGGAGAAAAUUAUUGUCAAUUUGUGGUUAUUGUGUUUUUGUUUUUUUAAAAAAUGUGUAAAAUAACUUUGUGCCAAUUGUUUGUUUCAACUAUGCUGUCCUAUAAAUAACUGGUUAAAACUGUU